UGCGGAAGCAGCUAACCCUCAUUCCCGGCCUCAAGCCCUCGACUCAAUACAGGACGCCUACGGCGGAAGUUGAUAGAGAAGAAGGUAUAGAGGAAGUCGAAGAAAAUGCAGAUCUUCGUGAAAACCUUGACAGGGAAGACCAUCACCCUCGAGGUCGAGUCCAGUGACACCAUUGAUAAUGUGAAGGCUAAGAUUCAGGACAAAGAAGGUAUUCCCCCGGACCAGCAAAGAUUGAUUUUUGCUGGGAAGCAACUGGAGGAUGGCCGUACCCUCGCCGAUUAUAACAUUCAGAAAGAGUCCACAUUGCACCUUGUUUUGAGACUUCGCGGGGGUAUUAUCGAGCCAUCUUUGAUGGCAUUGGCCAGGAAAUAUAAUCAGGAUAAGAUGAUAUGCCGCAAGUGUUAUGCUCGUUUGCACCCCCGUGCUGUCAACUGCAGGAAGAAGAAAUGUGGACAUAGCAACCAGCUGAGGCCUAAGAAGAAGAUCAAGUAAACUUUCACGUUUGGAAGAAAGAACCUUGGCUUCCGUGGAUUGCUAAUCUAUUUUGAGAUCCAGAAAGCUUGAUUUUCUUGUUACAAUUGUAGGCUUGAUAAACUACAUAUUAUUAUAAUAUUAUUAUUAUUAUAUGAUAGCCGCAUGAGCGGUUUCUCUUGGUCUGGUGUUAAUUUUUGACAUUUUGCUGGAGAUGCAUUACUAUCGUAUGGACAAUCAUGUCUCUGUUUUAUGUGACACUAUCUAUUUGUAUUUGAUUUUGACGAUGUGCAUUA